AUGAGAAAAUCGUCUCAAUUGAAAAAAACGAUCGAAAUUCAAUGAUAAUUUAGAGAUCUCUGGUAAUAUUUCUAAUUGUGAUCGAUUCAGUAUCCUCCAAAAUGCUACUUUUCAAAAAUGUAAAUGCUCGUAUUAUUUUUUUCGAUGAAUAAUUUUAUCACGUUGAAACAAAAUGUUCACAGCUUGGCAAAUACUUCAACUUUAACGGAACAAGCAUUUCAUAAGACUAAACUUUUAUAACGUAACAUUCUGAAUUUUGCAAUGAGUAAAUUUUUUAUUGAACUAUGCGCGAUUUUAACAUCAUACCAACUCAUUUAUGCCAAAAUCACGACAACAGUCGAACCUACAGAAACACCCGAAGCACCUGAAACAGCGUUGGAUUUCGAAGGCCUAACAAAAUGUUCAACUUUUGUCGACAAGACGCUGAUGAUCGAAAUAUUUUUCAAUCAUUCAGACCCUUGGAAAUAUCACCUGAUCACAUGUCCACGAAAAUUUGGCAAGAGUAUCAAUAUAGAUAUGAUGAAACGAUUUGUGCAAAUCGAAGUCGAUGACUCUGGUAACGUGAAAAAGAAAGAAGAUACGUCGAGUUAUCAACUCUUCACAAACCCAUCACUAGGCCUUCAGAUCUCCGAAUGUAAAACCACGAUAAAAGAUCAUUUAGCCGAAUACCCGAUCAUUCAUUUAGAACUUCACGACAUCACUGACUCGACGUUCAAUCGUACAUUAUCGAAUUUACGUCAAAAAAUAAAAAAUUGUUUUGAAAUGUAUCGUUGGCUUUAUGACAUUUUGAGCAAAAAACACCCAAUUGGCGCCGGUAGUAAAAAAAAGUCAACUCAGCAAGAACAAAUCGAGUUCAUGUCGAAAGCAUUGGACGAGAAUUUAAGCGUACUUGAUAUUCCAAACAGUUUGGAUAUUUUAUCCAAAAUUCUGUACGAAUACUUUAAGAAGAAAAUUUUCGUAUUCGUGGACGAGUACGAUAUUCCAAUAGUGGACGCUAUUACAAAGGACUUGGAUUUCGAUAUACAAGAGAUCAUCAACUUGAUUAGUGAAAUGGUUCAGAGAUUGCUUAAGACGUCGAAAAAUAACUACGUCGAAUAUGCUUUUAUAUCCGGUAUUACGAACACUAUGGUGCCUUUAUUUAUCGCCAAAACCAAACGAGUGUAUUAUCAUCGUUUUCUCAAUGAUCAUGUCUUUUCACCUUACUACGGUUUGAUACAACAAGAAGUCGAUGAUUUGCUGGAACGCCAUAAUUACGACGCCGAAGCUGGAAAAGAAGUUAUUAAAUUUUAUAAAGGGUAUUCCGUCAAAGAAAUGGUGUUAGAUUUAUACAAUACGUAUUCCAUUACGAGCUAUUUAACUCAAGUCGAUAAAAAUGUUUCGUUUCCGGCAUUUUGGGCAGAAAGUGGUUCGAUUGAUUUUCUCAAGAAAUUCACCAAAGAUGACGACGUUUACGAUAAAUUAUCGCAUUUGGUGCUCUUGAAAGAAGUGCAGUUCAAGUUGAUCCCCUGCGUAGAUAUCGAACUUCUGAAAGUGUUAUUUGCAAAAACACAAAAUACCUAUCCGGCCCAACAAGUGGACGUCAAUGUUAUAUUUUCCUACUUAUUUGAAAGCGGGUACCUCAGCUAUACCGCAAAAGCUGACGUAUACACGAUACCAAAUCAAGAAAUAGAAACCGCAUUUUCAUUCUACCUAUUCGACUUUUACGGAAAAAAUCUAGGUCCAGAGGCUCAAUCGGUAGGAGAAGAACUGAAAAGAAUAUUAGACACAACGCAAGUAACGCGAAAAAUGCUUAUCAAGUUGAAAACUCUUCUGCAGAACCUCAUCCCAAAGGCUGAAAAUUUGAUAUCGUCUCACGUAGAGAAAGAAUUCCACUACCAUUCGUUGAUAUAUUAUUCGGCUAAAAAAUUCCACGCGGGUACGUCAGCUGAGGUUCGAAUGUUAUGCGAAGAUUCAAAACUAGCACCUAAUACGAAAAAAAUCAAAAGGAGAGCUGAUAUAGUUAUGGUAAAUCAAGACAAAACAGUAAUGAUGAUUAUCGAAAUCAAGUCCAAUUUGACCGCCAGAAACGCGUUAGAAGUUGCCCAAAUGUAUAAACCCAGCGAAGAUAUGGAUAAACCUAAAAUUAUCAAAUACAUGGGCAUUAAUUUCAAAAGAAACAUGUCCGAGGUUGGAUAUACUUACGAUAUUGUUCGAGAUUCUGCCAUCUUCGCUGAUGAUAUGUAGUAGGUAGGUGCUGAAUGUGGCUGUGGCAUUCAUAAUUUCAAUUCAGUAUUAAAAAUGAGUGUUUGACUGUUUGAGACACUUUCCAUUCACUUUGCACCAAUGCACCGUCACAUAAAUUAUGUUUACGCAAAUAGGUACAUAUGUAUAUUAUUUUAAAUCAUAAAUUAGACGUUUUAUCAAAUCAAACCAAGAA